CUCUGCAUUGCCCUUGUCCUUGUCAGCUCCCAAGGCUGGCCUAUUCGCUCGACCGCAGCCACUCCCGAGACCCGCAUGCCAGACCGGCACAUCAACACUAUCGCAUCGCCCUGUCCAAGGCUGUCUUAGACAAGACAAGGGCUAGUGACAGGAGACCAAUCGCCGCUAUAAAUACACCUGUGCCAGUUCCUUCAUGGAGCAUUCCCGGUGUCCGUGCAUGUUCCCAUACAUCAGCUCGUCAUACAUCAUCUCUCCUGGAUCCAAACAGAGCCAAUGAGAUUGCCCAUCGGUAGAAAGGGGAGAAUGGCAGCAUCUUCAGGCGCAGGGUAAUGCUCGGUAAUUUAAGCCGCCGCUCACCAGCGCCUUUCCAGCACAACUCCGUAUGUGGGGUGCAGGUCCUAUUCCAUGUAAGGAUAGACGGUUUACAUGGCUCUGUUAUUACCAAUUGACGUGCCGACCUCGACUUGCUUCUUACAUCUGCGCCGUCUUUGACCAAACGCUCUCCUUUCUUUCCUUUUACCUUUGAAUUUCAUUCGUGUGUGCUAUUUCCAGCGUCAACAACAUGUUUCCCGUGCGACCCAACCGAACGGCGUCCUUGACCGCAGCGCAACAACAAGCAGUGGUGCAGAGACAGGCCUAUUUGCCCGGCCAACCCGUGUCGGUCCUAUUCGUAUGUUUGGGCAACAUCUGCCGGUCGACGAUGGCAGAGGGAAUCUUCAGACACAUGGCGGCACAGCCGCAGUACAAGGAGAAGAUUGGAGACGUUGAUUCCUGCGGAACAGCUGCGUAUCAUGCGGGCGAACCACCAGAUGAUCGGACUCUGGAGACUCUAGAGAAACACGACAUCUUCGACUACGAUCACGAUGCGCGCCGCAUUACGCGAAGCGACUUUGACAGAUUCGACUACAUCUUCGCCAUGGACCUCUCCAACCUCUCAGACCUCGAACGCCUCAAGCGCGAAAACAAAGACUCCAAGGCCAAGGUGAUGCUCUACGGCGAUUACAGCGGCACCAAGAAGCCAGAAGUCGUCAGCGACCCCUAUUACGGUGGCCAGGAUGGCUUUGACAAGGCUUUUGAGCAGUGUUCUCGCUUUGCCAAGAACUUUCUACAAGAUGUGGUGGGCGAUUCAACGGAAAAAGAAAAAGAAUAAAAUUACAGAACAAGAUGGAGAGAUCAAAGAAAGGGGGGUGGGAGGGAAGUGUACGUGCGCACGCAUGCAUGCAUGGGUAGAUUUACCCCUGGUUUUGUUUUUAUUUCCUUUGUGAAAUGACAAUUGGAGUAGAUGGGAAACGGCGGGAUUUGAUACCCAACACUUUGUUACCUGGGAUACGCGGAUUAUACUACACAAGUUAUUAAUAUGCCUAGAUACACACAAAGCAUUUUGGGGGAUACAUGGUUUUGUAGAUGAUACAACAAGACACUGAUUUUUAAUUUAGAGCUUUACAUUCAACAUAACGAGAAGGAGGGUCGUUGAUAAUAUGAGUGCUGCGGUUUGAUAGAGUUAAUGAAAGAGCCUGUGUUAAUAGCUC